UAUAUCAUGAACAUUGGAGCUGCUGCUUUUUCUUCAUUCACAUGGUGGACCACUCAGAGUAAAAUACUUUUUCAAAUCCUCAUCACCUCUCGAUAACUACAAUCUAACAACUACUGGUCUACAGUUAUAGUGUUUUGACUGCACACUGCCGACUCCAAAAGAUCGACCAUAUCUGGAGCAAUGGUCACCCCUACAGGUUUUGAUGACUACAGUCUUUACAGUGUCCUGUCCGAUGAGGAGCUGAUGAAGCUGGCCAUCGAUCGCAGCCUCAUUGAGGACAACAACUCUAUUGGGUCAAUUCAAUCAUCACAAUCUGUGGAUCGACAACCCAAUUACCAGCCAAACCAAUUUACGACCCGUGUCAGGCUCCCCCCUGCAACAAGGCACAUGUAUGACUUUCCGCGAGCCAAUCCAAACCCAGCCAACCCACAUCCAAACCCAUCACCUGCAAACCCUCCAUCAGCAGAGCCUAUUAUAGAUGCAAGACCUCUGGUGAAUGUGAUCAAGAAUGGGGAUUUAAAGGCUCUGAAAGAGAUAGUGAAAUGCAACCCAAUGAGUCUCUUGGUACCAAAUGAGGGAGGAUGGAUUUCUCUCCACGAAGCUGCAUAUUACGGUCAAAUAGAAUGCCUCAAGAUUAUAUUAAGAGCCCAUCCUGGUAUGGUGAACACAUGUGGUAGUUACAAUCAGACCCCACUUCUUUUGGCUGCCGCCUUUCACCAAGUGAACUGUGUGGAGUGCCUUCUGGACAGAGGUGCCAAUCCAGACAUUGCCAAUGAGAAUGGAGAAACACCACUCUUCAAAGCUUGCGAGAAGCCCAAUGUGGAGAUUGUAGACCACCUCCUGAAGUAUGGAGCCUCAGUACACAAGGCUUGUGUUCAGGGUGUGACACCUCUCCAUGAAGCAGCCGGGCAUGCUAACGUGGAAAUUUGCCAGAUGUUGUUGGAGGCCGGCGCCAAGCUUAAUGCAGUCAAUAAUUACAGGAUGGAACCUUUCUAUAUGGCAACACAGAAUGGGGGAUUGGAUGUGUUGCACUUCUUGAUUAGAAAAGGUGCUGAUAUAAACUGCCAGACAAGGAAGGGGGAAACACCUCUGUUUGAGGCAAGUAAGAAUGGUUACAAGGAAGUUGUGGAACUACUUCUAUCUCAUAAAGCAGAUGCUAACCGAACAACGAAGUCUGGCCUCCUGCCUCUUCAUAUUGCUGUCCAGAAAGGUCAUUUUGACAUUGUGUCCAUGCUGAUCCCUGCCACCAGCAUGGUCAAAGUUCAACGCAGUGGCAUCAGUCCCCUCCACCUGGCUGCCGAGCACAACCGGGACUGGAUUCUGGAGAUCCUUAUCGAGGCAGGCUAUGACGUCAAUUUCCAGCUCGCAGAAGACCGAUCCAAAAUGUAUGAGGACCAUCGCAGCACAGCACUCUACUUUGCAGUCUCCAACAGCAACCUAGAGGCGGCUGAAAUGCUUCUGGAUGCAGGUGCUAACCCCAACCUUGAUAUGUUAAACCCUCUUCUUGUUGCUGUGAGGCAGGGUUACAUGGAAAUGAUCACCGCUCUGGUGGAGCAUGGAGCUAACAUGAAUGCGUCCAUCCCCACACACCCCUGCUCCUUCCCGGCAGUGGUCAUGCUCGGUAUGAAGUAUCUGCACAUCCUGAACUAUCUGAAGUAUCUGAUGUCCAAUGGCUGUGAUGCCCUUUCCUGUUUUGAUUGCACAUAUGGCAGCAAGCCACACCCACCCCUGAAAAUUUCAAGAAGGGUCAGCAUCUUUGGCGAAACUUUGCGCUACGUUAUUGAUGAGGACGAAGCACGACACAACACUUGCGUCCAGUUCUGUGAGGCAAUCUCCGAUCCGACAAUUAGCCGCUGGGCAGGACCCAUCAUAGAUGUGCUCCUGGAUUACGUUGGCCAUGUGAAACUCUGCUCCCGGCUGAUUGAGAACCUGGAUAGCUACAGUGACUGGGCAGGGAUCAAGGUGAAAGCAAUGCCACCACAUUCACUGAUGCAGUUGUGCAGACUGAAGAUCCAUCAGCAGGUUGGAAUCCCCAGACUGAGGCACAUCGACACCCUGCCGCUCCCACCAAGACUAAUCAAGUUCCUCAACUAUGAAAAGGUACAUUUCCAGGAUGUCUAGGAAUUUAUUUUUGUUUUGUUGACUCUAAGUCCACAGAUUCCGUGACUUGUUUUCAAUAAAUGCGAUUGUUUUGCAUAUUGUAAGUCAGUUGAGAUGAAGGGGGAAUGUUUCUUUGCACAGUUGUGUACUGCAUAAUAGGCUUGAUUUGAUAUUACAAUGGCAGGAGUAACAUUUGAAUGAAUCUAUUGUAAAUGAUGUGUAAAUGUAACUAUUUACUUACUAAUUCCUAUUCGAUUAUCAACAAAAUAGGCAAACAAAUAAUGCAUGACUGGCUACUGCUAGCCUGAAGAAAAAUUGUGUGACUUGCUUCAGCUGGUCAAAAGUAUUGUUAUAGUAGUCAAAGAAGAAACUCUGAGACUGUCCAUCUAAACAGUGUGACAGGAUUAUUGCUUUAGCAAAUGUUGGUUACAGACAUAACAAUGUUGAAUUAAUGUUUAUGUAAGAUUUGAUUUGUCACUUUACAUUAAGUUAACUUUUAAUCCAAGAUCUAAUUGGAGAGGUAAGUUUACUCAAGUAAACAGCAACUGACAAAUUCGUUGUUUUCUAUUUUUGUUUUGUUGACUCUAAGUCCACAGAUUCCGUGACUUGUUUUCAAUGAAUGUGAUUGUUUUUUAUAUUGUAAGUCAGUUGAGAUGAAGGGGGAAUGUAUCUUUGCACAGUUGUGUACUGCAUAAUAGGCUUGAUUUGAUAUUACAAUGGCAGGAGUAACAUUCAAAUGAAUCUAUUGUAAAUUAUGGGUAAAUGUAUGUACUUGUAGGUAUUUGGGUUUGGUUAGCAAUAGCAACUCUGACUCUUAUUGCUUACUAAGUUCAUUGUUUACCCUGCACAGUGAGAUUUUAUUUGACUAAAGUACAGUGAAGUUGCCUGUAUCAGAAAAUAAACCACAGCUUGGAAUGCUUCUCAGGCAAUCAGAUUGUUUGGCCAGAACUAUCCAUUAUAUAGUUGAAUAUAGUGAUUUCAGUACUGCAUUGUGUACAAAUGUCUGUUGUUGCCACAGGUGGGUGGAAUUAUUUAAGUGUUUAAUGUUUUUAAAAAGUUCAUUUUUCUAUGAAUAUUGCAGAUUUAUUAACAGACUCAUGUAAUGCUAAUGAUAUCAUCAGUACUUGCUUGCAGUAGAGCCAUACAAUGUCAAACACUGUAUAAAUAAAGUCUUAAAGGAAAACGA